AUGCUUAGAUUGGUAUCAAGACAGACCGUUGCGCUCAAGAAGAAUUUGCCAGCAUCAUUUCAAUCAUCCAGACUUGCAUCCACAUUGGCUCUUCUUGAGACAACUGCAGAUGGGAAACUAGAUCCAUCUUCUUUGAAUUUAUUACAGGCUGCUAAACUAUUAAACAAUCCAAUAACAGCAUUACUUGUGGGUCCUAAUGCAUCUAAGGGAGCCCAAAACCUUAAGGAUUCUGUGAAAUGUGAAGAGCUUUCAAAGAUUGCUAUUGUAAAGGACGAAUCCUUAGCUCAUUAUUUACCUGAAAAUAUAUCACCAUUACUCGUUGAAUUACUAAAAGAUGAUACCUUCUCUCAUUUUGUAAUUUCCAGCUCAUCUACAGGUAAGAAUAUAUUGCCUCGUCUUGCUGCAUUGAUUAAUAACCAACCUAUAUGUGAUAUAAUUAAGAUUGAAGGCCCUAACAAGUUUAUAAGACCAAUAUAUGCAGGUAAUGCCCUUGCUACAAUUGAAACCGCUCAAGAAAAGAAAUUACUUAGUGUCCGUGCUUCUGCAUUUGACUCUAUCGAAGAAGGUAAAUCGGAAGAUGUUGAAAUUGUUGAGAUUCCUUUUACAAAUAAAGAUAAUGUACCAAUUAAAUGGUUAUCUGCUAAUUUGACAAAGACUGGAAGACCAGAUUUAGGAUCUGCAAAGACAAUUGUGUCAGGUGGACGUGCAUUUAAAGAUAAAGAAAGUUUUGAGAAAUAUUUAACCCCUUUAGCUGACGUUUUAAAUGCAGGUAUUGGUGCAACAAGAGCAGCUGUAGAUAAUGGGUUAUGUGACAACUCGUUACAAAUUGGACAAACAGGUAAAAUUGUUGCUCCAAAUCUGUAUAUUGCUGUCGGUUUAUCCGGUGCUGUUCAACAUUUGGCUGGUAUGAAAGAUUCAGGUACAAUUGUUGCAAUCAACAAUGAUCCAGAUGCACCAAUAUUUAAAACUGCAACGUUUGGUUUAGAAGGUGAUGCAUUAGAUAUUGUUCCAGAAUUAACAGAAAAGAUCAAAGCGACUCAAAAAUAA